AUGUGCAUCACCAAGUUCUACCAGCGCCGGUUGGUGUUGGUCUUCUUCAUGUUGGUACUCGCGUUAUUACUGUUCGUCCGCUCCUUGUGUCAGAACAUCCCCGACAGCCGACUCGAUGCUAACACUCUUGCCAUGCACAGGGCGUCAUCUUUCAACCCCAGAUCGCUAGUCUUUUGCAUCUACUCUUACAUCAACUCAGUCUCGAACCUUGAAUCGCACCAUGCUUCUAACGUGGUCAACGUGGCCCACUUGGGAAAUCGUGACGGAGUUUACUUCCACUGGGAUGAUUGGGUAGAUUUGUCUCCGGCCAACAAGCACUUGGACCAUUCACGUACCUUGUACCCGGAUGGCAAAUGCGACGCCUCAUUGAAGGAAUUUUCUUCUGUCAAUCCAUACUUCAUGGAAUCCUACAACACAAAAGUGCUCCGCGGAAUGGUCAACUUGUAUUGCGUCAAGGACAUUCCCAAGCGUAUCCUCGCUGCUACAGAUUCGGGCUUUGUUGAAGUCCCGGUGUUGGGCAGAAAGCGCAUUGGUCAAGGUGGCAUGCCACGAAAAAUCUCGAAAGAGUCGGUGGUUAAGAAGAUGGAGGAUUCGGAACUGGCCCUCUCUUACUCGGAUCAAGCGGAAUCGGUCCUCAGAUUCCAUCCUUACAAGCGCUUCCAAAGAGAGAUUGACAUCGAGCCUCAAGAUUUCAUUUUCGACCCUGAGCAGCAGAUUUUCGCGUUAAAGGACGCACUCAAUAAGAACACCAUACUGGGUGAUGAUCUUCAGUACCUCCAGUUCUUGGAAACAUCGAAUGCUGAGGUUGAUAGCGCCGACCGCUUUUUCAAAUACCCAUGGAUAUAUACUGAUGUGAUCGCUGGCCGCUCUCACCAUACGUCUUUCCCAUUUUUCAAACGUUACAUCUCUAAUAGAGAGCGUCAGUCAGUGCUACAUCACUUAGUGCGGGUGUGGUUCAAGUUCGCCGAAAGCCAGAAUGUGAACUCUUGGGUCAAUUACGGUUCUCUUCUUGGAUGGGUUUACAAUGGUGUUAACAUGCCAUGGGACACAGAUAUUGACGUCCAGCUACCAAUAGCCCAAUUGGACAGGCUCUCGCGCAAGUUCAACUCCACCAUAAUCAUUGAGAAUCCACGUGACGGAAAUGCCAAAUACUUGUUUGAAGUUUCGCCCACGUAUAUCCGCCAGGGUAAUGGACGCAAUUUCAUCGAUGCCAGAUUCAUUGACAUUAACUCAGGCCUCUACAUUGAUCUCAGUGCUCUUUCACACACUACACAUCAACCACCACCAGCAUUCUACAAAUCACAUGAAUCGCAAAGCGAUAUGUCCAGAUUGAAGAGUAUGCCAGUCCAUUGCAAGAAUUGGAACUGGCACUCCUUGGACGAGCUAUUGCCCAUUCGUCACACGUUUUUUGAGGGAGCCUCAGUCUACAUUCCUCGGAACGUUCUGACAAUUCUUGAUCGCAAAUAUGGUGCUGACUCUUACACAACUAAGCUCACGUUCAACAAUCACAGGUACAGACUGGAUCUCCGGCUUUGGGUACCUGAGAACGAAUGUACGCGUGCAUGUGGAGCAGCACUGACAUUGUUUGGAUCAGCCAAAUGGCUGUCCAAGUGUCGAAGUCAGUGGCUCGAGGAUGAAAUGAAGAUUGUGGCGCAAUCUGCAGAACGACACACUCAGCUCAAUCUUGGGCCAGACGCCCCAGCCGACUACUCGAUAUCAUCGUACGAAGAUCUUCCUAUUGCCCGGAAAGAUGCGUGGGACUAUUACAAUGACAUCAACAAUAAGGCAGUAUCGAAUUCGAAUUGGUACAUUGCAUCUUGA